AUGGUCUCUACUACUAUCAACUUCUCCGGCCUCAUGUGCCUCGCCCUUGCUCUCGGCCCUGCCACCGUGCUCGCUGCUCCCCAGCUGCCCGCUCUCCCAUUCCCGGAGAUCAUCAACCACGGCCCCGAGACCACCAGCCAGGGCCCCGGCAACAGCGAGACCUCCGCUGGCAGCGGCGUCAAGGUCGGCAUCCCUGGCGGUCCCUACGUGAACGUCGGUGCCGGAUUCCUCGACACCCACCGGGGCCCCUGUGGUCCUGGCUCAGGCGAUGACAAGAGCGCCGGUGCAGGUGUCGAUGUCGGUAUCCCCGGCGGUCCUCGAGUCAACGUUGGCAAUGGCGUGCAUCAACACCAGGACGGCUACCCUUGCCCUGAGCCUCCUGCUGUUGUCGUCGUGCCUACUACCACUGCCAACCCUCCUGCCGUGGUUGUCGUUCCCACCACCACUGCCAAUCCUCCUGCCGUCGUUGUCGUUCCCACCACCACUGCCAACCCUCCCCCGGUAGUUGUUGUCCCCACUACCACCGAAAUUGUCACUCCUCCUGUUGAGACUGCCCACCCUCCUACGUGGACUGGUAUCCCCACUAUCCUCCCUCCUACCUUCACCACUCCUAUAUCUGGCCCGCUCACCACCGUUCCUGCUGCCUGGGCACCCGCACAGUCCUCUGUUCCUCUGAUCCACCCCGCCGUGGCCACCGCAUCUGCCUCGCCUUCUGCUGUGCCUUCUGUUCCCGUUGUGCCCGUCUUCAACGCCGGCUCGUCCCUGGUUCCCGGAUCCGUCCUCGCAGUGGCUCUUCCCAUUGUCCUGGCCUUCUUCCAAUAA